GCUUCAAUAGUUCCACUAUAUAAUCCCUUCCUGCCCUUCAAGCUUUGCUAUAUACAGAGAAAAAUGGAAAAGGUCGGUUCAAUAAUAUUUCUCAACCAUUUGUUCAUAAUAUGCCUGGCCGCGCCAUUAAUGGUACAGAGCACCAUUGAAAACCCUAGGGAGAACAUUGACCAAUGGUUCCAAAACCUCCCCCAUGCAAAACAGAAGCUGACCAGGCUGCAUUUCUACUUCCACGACGUCGUUCUCGGCCCACACCCAACCGUAGUGGCGGUGGCCAACGCAUCCCAUACCUUCACAUCACCCACCUUCUUCGGCCGAGUCAACAUCUUCGACAACCCCUUGACCCAGGGACCCGAACCCGGUUCCAAGCUCGUGGGUCGGGCGCAAGGGCUAUAUGGGUUUACCUCACAGGAGGAAGUGAGCCUGCUUAUGGCUAUGAACUUUGUUUUCAGGAGUUGGAAGCACAACGGCAGCAGCCUCACCGUUUUGGGGAGGAACCCGGUUGGGCAGUUGGUUAGAGAGUUGCCCAUCGUCGGCGGAACCGGUGUUUUUCGGUUGGCACGCGGAUUUGUGUUGGCCAAGACUUAUUUCUUUAAUGCUAGUGUUGCCACUGUUGAAUAUAAUGUUGCAGUUUUGCAUUAUUGAAUGAGAUUCGUGGUGUAAAUCUGGGUUUAUUUUUUAAGAUAUGUUUCUGGUGUAUCCACAACGUGCUAAUUAAUGGUAUUCUUAUAUUCAAAUUA